CAGAGGCUCUGAGUUCCAGGAAGAGAGAGCUAGGCAGGGACUGGGCCCUCAAUUCCAGACCAUCUCCCUGCCCACCUGGGUCCCCGAUCGAACCCUUUGCUCACUGGCCUAUUUCAGGAGUCCCCCAAGCUGAACCAGUCCCUGCACGCCCAGUCUUGCUUGCAGUGGCCCAAGCUUGGUUAUUUCUACUUGCAGGAGGCUAUGCUGGCCUGGGGCACUAGGGACCAGGACACUCAGAACUGCCUCUGGGGAGACAGACUGAAGCGCUCACCUAGGAAGUUAAAGCAGACAGGGUUGAGCCCCUGUCCUGUGUCCCAGUGGAUGGACGGUGAGAGGGGCAGGGCAGAACAGAGGAAAGAGUCCUGGACUGAAUUCCAGAAGACUUGGGGCAGAGUUCUUAUCUUCUGCCGGUAUGAUCCAGGGCAAGUCACUCAACUCCCUGAGAGGCAGUGUCCCCACCUGGGCAUGAGCAAUGAGAGCUGCUGCCAGGUUCGUGAGGAUUGAAUGAGCUGUCUCUGUCCCUGUGUGUUUGCUGCCGCGGGGGGGCGGGGGGCGCGGUGGGAACGACGAUGACGACGACGACAUGGCAGAACCAGGAGUAAGGAGGCAGCCAUGUGUCCCAGGGGCGGUUUAUGGGCCCUGCCUGGAGAACUAGGGUUCCUGGUGAGCCGAGGAGAGGCUCCUCCAAGGAGGGGCUGGGAUGGUGGCCAGGUCGAUGCCUAAGACGCUCAGCCCCAGAGAUUUGGGACCCGCCUGCCGCAGGGCUCCUGCCAGCCCAGGCCCUUCCCAACUCCGGAGAGACAGGGGUGUGGAGACUAACCAGAGAAGCUAAUGCUUCUUCCCGCCCCCCAGGAAGGCGAAUUUGGGGAGUCUGGGCCUGCACCGAGACCAGAACCACCUCUUCGGGCCUUCCCAGAGAGAGUUGUCCGUGAACCCUCUCAGAGUUUAGUCCUCAGCGCUCCUGGCCGCGCCGGGGCGGAGCUGAGCUCCAGAUGUCCGGGCGGGCACAGCUGGAGGGUCACGUGGCAGCGGCCCCGGCCCCCCUUCCUGCCAACGCUGCAUUUGGCCCAGGCCGGGUCCAUGGCCGCCCUUGGGACCCUGCGCUGAGCCCCGGAAGCCCCGGCGUCCGGGGCCGCGCCGCUCCCAAGGGCCGAUCGUGAGAGUCGGAAUCCCAAGGAGCGACGUGGUGGGGGGCGCGGGCGCCGGCCACGCGGACAUGAGGCGGAGGCUGCGCCUGCGCGGGGACGCGUCGCUCACGCUGCUCCUCGGCGCCGCCCUCGGCCUACUGCUCUACGCGCAGCGAGAUGGCGCGGCCCCGACGACGAGCCCUCCUAGAGCGCAAGGGAGGGCAGCACCGGGGCCCGCGUCAGGGCCCACGCUGGGGCUCCGCGUAUUUCAGGCACCGGAUGCGGGCGCAGCCCCGCCAGCCUACGAAGGGGACACACCGGAGCCGCCCACGCCCACGGGACCCUUUGACUUUGGGCGCUACCUGCGCGCGAAGGACCAGCGGCGCUUUCCCCUGCUCAUUAACCAGCCGUACAAGUGCCGAGGAGAUGGAGGACCUGACCUGCUUGUCGCCGUCAAGUCAGUGGCGGCGGACUUCGAGCGGCGCCAAGCCGUGCGCCAGACAUGGGGUGCUGAGGGUCGUGUGCAAGGGAAGCUCGUGCGCCGUGUGUUCUUGCUGGGCGUGCCCAGGGGCGGGGGCACAGACGGAGCAGACGCGGAGGGGGAGGGCGCGCGAACGCACUGGCGCGCCCUGCUGCGCGCUGAGAGCCGCGCAUACACGGACAUCCUGCUCUGGGCCUUCGACGACACUUUCUUCAACCUAACGCUCAAGGAGAUCCACUUUCUGGCCUGGGCCUCGACCUACUGCCCCGACGUGCGUUUCGUUUUUAAGGGCGACGCCGACGUGUUCGUGCACAUGGGAAACCUGCUGGAGUUCCUGGCGCCGCGGGAUCCGACGCAGGAUAUGCUUGCAGGUGAUGUGAUCGUGCAAGCGCGGCCAAUCCGCGUGCGGGCCAGCAAGUACUACAUCCCGGAGGCGGUGUACGGCCUGCCCGCCUACCCGGCCUACGCAGGCGGCGGUGGUUUCGUACUUUCAGGGGCCACGCUGCACCGACUCGCUGGUGCCUGCACCGAGGUUGAGCUCUUCCCCAUCGACGACGUCUUCCUGGGCAUGUGUCUACAGCGCCUGCGGCUCACGCCGGAGCCUCACCCUGCUUUCCGCACCUUUGGCAUCCCCCGGCCUUCAGCCGCGCCGCACCUGCGCACCUUCGACCCCUGCUUUUACCGCGAGCUGGUUGUAGUGCACGGGCUUUCCGCGGCUGACAUCUGGCUUAUGUGGCGUCUGCUGUAUGGGCCGCAGGGGCCAGCCUGUGCGCGUCCACGGCCUGUCGCUGCUGGUCCCUUCCAGUGGGGCCCCUAGCCCCACCCAUCACAGCCCCAAGCUCCCCUCAUUCAGACCCAGGAUGUAGUAGUGGAACUUUGAAGGUGAGGUUUCCCAGGCGGAUUAUUGGCGGUGUAUGUGGUUCUUCCCCAGAAAGGGGCAGAAGAGUUCAGGAUUCAGGGGCCAGCCCCAUGGCCGAGUGGUUAAAUUCGUGCUCUCUGCUUAGGUGGCUCAGGGUUUCGCAGGUUCGGAUCCUGGGCACGGACAUGGCACCGCUCAUCAAGCCAUGCUGAGGCGGU